CCAGCCUUCAUCUUUUGUUCUCAUGCCAAACUCCAAUACCCAGGAAUCUCCCAACUCUCUCUCUCUCUCUCUCGCAGACUCACUCACUCAGCUCAUAUUCACUUCCUCUCCAAUUCUUCUUUCAUAAAUACCAUUUUUUUUCAUCUUCGUUAUUAUAACAAAUUCUUAUGUCAUCAACAAUGGUGGAUGUGGAUAUUCGACCUCUUUUGCUUCUGUUUCUACUUUCUCUCAACUUUUCUGCAAAUGGGGUUCUCUGUUUUCCGGAGAAGAAACUCCUCAACCUUAGAGAUUUUCAAUGGAAGCAGCCUAAUAUUGGUGCUUCGAACUGCGUUUCAUCUCACAAGUCAAAGAGUGUAAAUGGUGCAACUAUACUGGAAAUGAAGCACCGAGACCACUGCUCUGAUAAAAUGAUUGAUUGGAACAAGAAGCUUAAAAAAAGACUGGUUGUAGACGAUCUUCAUGUCCGGUCACUUCAAUCACAAUUCAAGACCAGAGUUUCUCCGAGCAACAUUGUAGAUAAAUCAACCACUCAAAUCCCAAUCACUUCUGGGAUAAAGCUAGAAAUCUUAAACUACAUAGUAACAAUCGAACUGGGUGGAAAAAACUUGACAGUUAUAGUUGACACAGGCAGUGAUUUGACUUGGGUUCAAUGUCAACCAUGCAAGUCAUGUUACAACCAAAAAGACCCUCUCUUCAACCCUUCUUCAUCACACUCGUACCAACCUAUUUGGUGCAACUCAACCACUUGUCAAGCCCUCCAAUUCGCCACUGGCAACUCAGGUGUAUGUGGAAUCCCAAAACCACCGGCUAGCAGCAGUAGCUGCAACUACAUGGUUAGCUAUGGUGAUGGUUCAUACACACGUGGUGAUAUUGGUAAUGACCAUCUUAGACUCGGAACAACUCCUAUUAAUGGCUUUGUUUUUGGCUGUGGUAGAAACAAUAAGGGCCUGUUUGGUGGAGCCUCAGGGCUAAUGGGGUUAGGAAGAAGUGAACUCUCAUUGAUUUCUCAAACUGAUUCACUGUUUGAGGGAGUUUUCUCUUAUUGUUUACCUUCAAGCACUCUGCCUAGUGCUUCUGGCUCUUUAGUAAUGGGAUUUGACCCUUCUGCUUACAAGAAUUCAACUCCAAUUUCAUUCACUAAAAUGGUUCAAAAUCCACAGCUACCCACUUUCUAUUUUCUCAACCUGACUGGGAUUAGUGUUGGUGGAGUGAACUUAAAGGCUUCUUCUUUUGGUAAAGGAGGGAUUUUGAUUGAUUCUGGGACAGUCAUUACAAGGCUAGCUCCAUCAAUUUACAAGGUUGUGAAGGAAGAGUUUGUGAAGCAGUUUUCUGGGUUUCCUUCAGCUCCUGGAUUUUCAAUCUUGGACACGUGUUUCAAUCUCAGUGGCUAUGAUCAAGUCAAUCUUCCAAUUUUGAAAAUGCACUUUGAUGGGACUGCUGAGCUGAGUAUUGAUGUGACUGGUGUGUUGUAUAUGGUGAAGACUGAUGCUUCUCAGAUUUGUUUGGCUUUGGCAAGUUUGUCUUAUGAAGAAGAGAUUGGUAUUGUUGGAAACUAUCAACAGAAGAACCAAAGGGUUGUUUAUGAUACCAAAGGCUCUAAACUAGGAUUUGCAGAAGAGACUUGUAGUUUUAAAUAAGAAUAUAUAUAUAUAUAUAUGAUAUUAAUUUAGAAGAUUUGGCUGGUUUUUGUGAAUAGAUUUCUUAUAAGUAAUGCCAAGCAACUUGUUGGUUCUCAAAUUCUUACUUUUAUUAUUAUAUGAUUAUGUGAAGGAAAAAAAGGGUUAUAAACUUAUAGAUAGACAGUAUAUGCAAUUUGUGAUUAUCUUUUUUUGUGUAAUAAAGUUAUUUUCCUCUUGAUAAGAGGUAAAGGAGUUUGAAUUGAGCUGUAAUAUGAUUCUUAUGUGUUGGAUUUUGAUUAAUAUUGC